AUGUUAGGUGAAUGUGUUGAUUUUGAAGCAUAUAAAAUUAGAGUUUUAAAGUAUUGUAAACUGACGCAUCUUCUUAAACUGGAAGAAAUUGAUCUCAUCUGUAAGAUUUGUGCAACUUUAAAGGAGAAUAACAUUCAGCUAAUUGAGAGAAUAGUUCACAGAAAAGGAUACGAGUUCUGCCAAAACAUAUUAGAUUUAACCCUGGAAACGCUGGAAUUUGGUGGUCAAAGUAGGCAGGAUGGGACUGAAAGAACACCAGGAGGAGUAUUUAUAAACAUUCUGAAAAAACAUUUGGAUAAAGGAGAGAUUAAAUUCAUAUGGACCGAACAAAACGAGAGGCAAAAGCAGCUUAAGAGACUUAAAAAAUUAAACAAAGAUAGCGGCAUAAGCAAAAAAGCAAGCAAAGAUGGAGUCGGAAGUUCAAAAGGCCGUCAGACUAUCAAAAGAGGCGGUAGAACUCGACAACAGCAAGGAGUAUAA